UCCCGUGACACCAAAAACUUCCACUGCUCGAUCGCGCAUCGAGAUUCCACUUUUGAUUAAUAAAGGAUCACUAUAAAUUGAUAGAUUCUCUCUUAUACGUAUUGGGUUUGUUGAAUCGACGGUAUCCAGCACAGUAAAACUUCUUCGUCAACACUUUCCCGAUCGCCUGAUUGAUUUUUGUGUUCGGCUGUUUAAUAAUAAAAAAAACCUUCGUCAUGAAGAUUCUUAUGCGAGCUGAUACCCACGUGAACAUCGAAUUACCGAGUAACGCCCCUGAAGCAAAGUGCACUGUUUCUCAGGUCCUGGCGGCGCUUUCAGUGUCAUUAGGGUCUAUGGUGGUUGGAUUCGCAUGUUCCUUCACAUCACCGGCUGUUGUUUCCAUGAGGGAUAACUCUACAUUAACCCCUUUCGAGGUUACAAAACAAAUUGAAUCAUGGAUUGGAUCAAUUAUGCCAUUAAGUGCCCUUUUUGGUGGGAUUGCCGGAGGCCCUUGCAUCGAGUACCUUGGUAGAAGGAAUACAAUUCUGGGAACUGCUUUUCCAUUCAUAGCAGCCUGGUUCUUAAUCGGAAUGGCCAAUAAUAUACCUCAAAUUUUGGUGGGCAGAGCGUUAUGUGGAUUUUGCGUUGGUAUCGCUUCCCUAUCAUUGCCUGUGUAUCUUGGCGAAACAAUUCAACCUGAAGUACGUGGAACUCUAGGGUUGUUACCAACUGCCUUUGGUAAUAUUGGAAUUUUGGUCUGUUUCGUUGCUGGCGCGUAUUUAACCUGGUCGACUCUUGCAUUUUUGGGUGCUACUUUACCUAUCCCAUUUCUCAUUAUGAUGUUCUUGAUUCCCGAGACUCCCAGAUGGUACAUUUCCAAAGGAAAAACGAAGAGAGCCCGAAAAUCACUACAGUGGCUCCGUGGGAAAAAUACGGACAUAACUGAAGAGCUAACGGCCGUGGAGAAGGCACACGUUGACAGUGAACGAAACGAAUCCCAGAGUUCAUUUACUGAACUUUUCAGAGGGAACAAUUUCAAGCCUCUUCUUAUUUCCUUGGGUCUCAUGUUCUUCCAACAACUGUCUGGUAUUAAUGCAGUCAUCUUUUAUGCCGUCAAUAUUUUUACGGCUGCAGGAAGCACAAUUGACGAAAACUUGUGUGCAAUUAUCUUAGGAAUAGUAAACUUCUUAUCUACGUUCGUGGCAACUGCUUUGAUAGAUCGCAGUGGUCGCAAAAUCCUCCUCUACGUGAGUAGCGCCUCCAUGAUCGUGAACCUCCUUUCCCUGGGUACUUUCUUCUACUUCAAAGACCAUGGUUUUGAUGUCAAACCGUAUGGUUGGAUCCCCUUGACCAGCAUGAUCAUCUACGUGAUUGGAUUUUCGCUAGGUUUUGGACCAAUCCCCUGGUUAAUGAUGGGUGAAAUCCUGCCUGCGAAAAUUCGAGGAUCUGCAGCGAGUGUUGUCACUGGUUUCAACUGGUUCUGCACGUUCGUAGUGACCAAGACCUUCCAGGACGUUACAUCUGCUCUUGGUGAAGGUGGUGCUUUCUGGAUGUUUGGACUUGUUUGCGUCGUUGGAUUGGUAUUCGUGAUAGCAUUCGUUCCAGAAACUCGAGGAAGAUCUUUGGAGGAGAUCGAAAAAAGACUGACGGGCCCUGUCAGAAGAAUGAGCGCGAUCGCCAAUAUGAAACCCAUGCCAAUGGCAUGUUAGGUAGUCCUAUGCAUUUUUUUUAUUAUUCUUGCAAGAAUCUAGUUACGAUUUCAAGCAACUGUGAUCGAAAGGAUCAUCGCUGAUUUCCUCAAGCCAUGGGCCCAACACCAGUUUCAUAUUUAGUCCUGAGAAAUCGCAGUCAACACUUCAAUCCACUUCUAAGAAACUAUAGGAAAUGAUAAUGCUCCCUUUUCGUUCGCCAUUUCUGUUUUAAAAAAUUCAAGAAUCAAAUGCCAAAGUCGUUUAAAGGGGGCAUUUCAAGUAAAGGGAUUAACAUCCCUAGGGUUGAUUAUCAUUAAUGUUUUAAAGCCUGAAACGCUUUGAGUGUUAUUAAAUCUAUUUAAAUUUUUUAUAUUUUAAAGUGCGUUAUUUUAAACCUUAAACUGCAUACUUUUAAACAGACAUUCAGAUAUUUUUAGUUUAAAAAAUGAGUGGUGUUGAAAUAAGACAAAAUAGAAAAUAAGUAUUUCCAAAGCCUCAGUGAUAAUUUAACUAAUCGAAAAAAAUACUUGUAAAAGACUUAGACAAUCGGAGAAAAAUUGGAAAGCCCGCUGGGUCUCAGACACCCAAAAGUGCAGUUUAAGGGUUAAGUUUCCAAAGGUGUAGUGCACAUGAUGAAGGGUUGGAACCGUAGGAGGGGAUUUCUUCUCUUUCAAUGAACAAAUUAGGAUUUAAAUAAAGUACCCCAUUUUUAAACCCUCAGAUUUUAGAAAGAUAUUUUGGUAAUUUGUUUUUUCCAUGAGAAUUGAGAUUCCUCUAUAUUAUCAAUUUCCUUUUUUUAAUUUUCGGAUAUUGAAAAUGUAUCCGGUGUGAACUGGAAAAGACUUGUGCAUCGAAACGACUAUUUUUGUUGACAAUUUUUGUGAUAAGCAAGUUUGUGAAGCUUCUGAUAUUUCAAAAAAUCAAGCAAUCCAAUGUAAUUCAUUGAUUUUUGUAAAUAGUAGGAAUUUUUCAAUAUUUGUGAUACGAAAUGGGUGAAAGUUGCUCCGACUAUUACCUAUGUCAUAUUAUUUUAUGUAUUUAUAGAAAAUAAUAGGAGAAUAAUAAUUAUUAUGAACGAAAUAAUAGUUCAAGCACUGUAUGGAAGGAAUCUCUUGCAUUUGAAAACAGAAGGGAAUUAGUUAUCACUGUUGACUAGAUGUAUAACCUCUGUUAUUGUUGUUUGACAAUCCUACAGAGUCUACCUCAAGCCAAUGAAAAGGAGAUAGGAGGAAAAGUUAUACAAAGAAUAUUAAAAGAAGACUUGGUGCUAGGAAGUGUAUUUAACUUGAAUAUGUACACUGUGCAUAUGAUAUCAUAAUGUAAAUAGUCAGAGGCCUGCUUACAUAGACUUUGCGUGCGAAGUCAAAAUGUAGAUAGUUAGAUUGUAAAUAUAAAAGAGCGAGAUGUCAUAGACUUUAAGAAACGGACAAAAGUCUUCUAUAUUUAUAUUUUUUAUAGCCAAGUGCUAGUGGAACUGUACCUUAUAAAGUUAAGUUCUAGAGCCAGUCCGCUAGUUUUAGGAUUUUUUGACUAAAUGUAGAUUACACGAGGUUUAGAAACAAGACGAUUAUAAGCUUUAAAACUUGUCGAAGUUAGCACAAUUUUACCACUAGCUAAGCUACACCCUCAACGAUCAACCUCUGAAAAAUGACGUAUGUAUGUACUUAAUUCUUCGGCCAAUUGUUGUACUUUGUUUGUAUCUAGUAAAGAGUGUGUGAGUUUCAGUUGAGACAAAUCUCAUUACGUAAGAUUAAAACCGUGAUAUUCAAUAAUUCCGUUUUCUUAAUUAUUUACUUUUAAUUAAGGUAGUUGUGACGCUGUCUGCACAAAAGACUAUUUUAAAAAAGAAGGAAAAUUAACGAAUUUAGAGCAACUAUUUAUUGUCACAGAACUUAAUGAUUUAUUCUGGUUAAAUCGGACAAAACUUGAUUUGAAUUGUUGGCAUGGAGUUGUAAACAACGUCGAUGCGAUAUUAUAUUUCUAUUCUUAAGUAAGCAGAUCAAUUAAAGUGGACGUUUCACUUCCUAAAAGCUUUGCGACAUGGGUUCACAUUUUUACCAUUGGUUAGCUUUUUAAACUUACUUUGAUAGAACAUGUUAAUUUAAGUUGUAUUUAAAAAAUUUGCAAACAUAUUGCGUUCUGAAAUUUAUGGUUAUGUAUUUUUACGAGACGAACUUCUGAUCAGUGCAAUUUUAGUCAUUGUGUGGGUAUUUUGCGACGUAUAGAUUACAACUAUUUUGUGACAAUAGAUUGAUUAAAACAAACUUUUCUGAA